AUGCGAAUCCAACCAAUAACAAUCAACUCAAUCUUUGUUCCGGAUGAUUUUCAAUUUAUCAGUAAUAACCAGAAAUGGACAUCAACUUUGGUUUGGGCGACUCUAGUUGUGACACUUUCAACUAGUUUUGUUAUGGGUGUCAAUAUUGGUGGACCUAAUGUUUACAACACAUUUAUUGUACCAUGGGUACGAGGAUAUCCAUUUCCAUGUCAAAAAGAUACUGAUAUGGGACGAUGGGUAUCACGUGUAUGGUGGAAUUGUAAUUAUGAUGAUGUUUCGCUUAUGAAUAAAACAGGCUAUUAUUAUUUACCUGAAGCACCAAUCGAUCGACAACCUAUUCAACAUUUAAUAGAUGCAAUGCAUACAAUUUGUUUUGUUAUUGGUGGUACUAUCGGAGGUUUGACUGGACAAUAUUGGUAUAUAUUUCUAACACGAAGAAAUGCUAUUUUUAUAAGUAUGAUCUUUCAAGUAGUAGCAUCAAUACUUAUGAUCAUUACAUUGGAAAUCUAUCAUGGAUAUACUGAAGGUGAUCCUGAUCAAUGGACAAUCAUCAAUACACUUGAACAAAAAGAUUUAGCCAUUUGUUUCCUCUAUAUAUCACGGCUUUUAUCUGGAUGGUCUGCUGGUAUGUGUUGUGUUGUAUCAACAAUUUACUUAAUGGAUAUCAGUCCACGAACUAUGCGCGGCAAAAUUGUAACAUUUCAUCAGUUAUUCAUCGUCAUUGGACUUCUUCUUGGACAAAUCAUUGGUCUUCCAUGGCUUCUUGGUCGACAUAAUACAUGGAAUUGGGGUAUGUCAUGGAUUGGUCUAUUUUCAUUGGUAGGUUGUUUUCUCAUUUGGACAUUACCUGAAAGUCCACGAUGGUUAGUACAAGAUCAACAAAGAGAUGAAGCUGCUCGAUCACUUCGUAGUCUUCGUCGGAAUACUUGGAUCGAAGCAGAACUCAAUGAAAUUGAAAGACAAGAAGCUACUGCUACUAUGCAAGAUACAUCCAUUUAUAGUAUAUGUAUCUCGCCACGUUUUCGUUGGCCAUUAUUGACUAGUAUAACAUUGAAUGCUGUUCAACAAUUCUCUGGCAUUAAUUCGGUAUUUUUUUAUUCGAGUUCAACACUUUCAGCAAUUGGUUUUGUUGAAGAUAAAGUUUAUUGGGGUAUACUUUCAACUGGUAUAAUUAAUCUAGUUGCAACAAUAGCAUCACUUAAACUUGUGGAAUUAUUUGGUCGUCGACCUUUAAUUCUUUAUCCACUUGUUCUAAUUGUUUUCAUCAUGAUUCUAUUAUGUGUCUUCGUUGAAAUCCAUAAACCUAUUGCUAUAUUAACAUUAACAUUACUCUUCAUUGCUUUAUUUGCCGUUGGUCUCGGACCAAUUCCUUACAUUUAUCCGAAUGAAGUAUUUACAAUUGACAUGCGACCAGCAGCUCUUUCUAUUUCAAUGUUUGCUGGUUGGUUUUGUAAUACAUUAAUAACUGUAGUUUUUCAAGCAUUAAGAACAGUUUUUCAGGGUUUCGUUUUCAUCAUCUUUUGUGUUAGUUGUUCAUUCGCUUUUUGUCUUUUAUGGUUUAAGAUGCCCGAAACGAAACGUAAAACACUGGCUGAAAUCGAAGCAUUUUGGCAAUAA